AACUGUAACAGAGAUUGACGGACAGAGAAAGUUCCUGGAAGAUCCUCUUUACCCCCGCGUACGAUAGACCUUGUUCCUCUCUGAGAUCGAUAGCCGACGACCCACCUGCUUCCUCUGGUCAUCGCCGCGUCACAGAUGCUCGCUUGACGACCUAUUCUCGACGCGUCUUCCUUCAAUCGCCGUCUUCAACUCGAUCUAUUUUCCACGCUAUUUCUGUGAAUUGAUUCGAUUUUCUAGGUUCAUCAGAUGCUUGACUCCAUCAAGGUUUGGCUGCUUUAGGGUUUCCAACGAUUCGAAGCUUCCUAUUGGUUCAGGGUUUUUUAUUUCAAAUGGAAACGUCAAGCACCAACAACGACACCUUCAGAGGCUCUCCACGAAGAAACUCAUCAAUCCUCUCAGCUUCCAACCUCAUCCAAGCCCCUAUAUCAACCUUGUUAGAGUACUCAGGCCUUUUUCGACCAAGGCCCACGAGUCCUACUCACGAGGCCUCCGAAACAGCAACGCUGGUUAGUACUGGUAGUGAUGAUUCUCCCAACGGAGGAGGAGGAGAGGUUGCCAUUAGGAUCAUCGGGAACGCGGAGCAGGAUGAUGUUGAAAGUGAUAUCACUGGUGCCGCCCAGACUACUGAAGGUCUUGGUUCUUCUUCUGCGGGAACUGGAGAAGGGGCUUCUACAGGUGAAUCUGUUGGUGGAGAUGCUGCUGCUGCGAGCCGAGAUUCGCCUUACCAAAGAUAUGAUAUUCAGCAGGCUGCAAGGUGGAUCGAGCAGAUUCUUCCCUUUUCUUUGCUUCUCUUGGUCGUCUUCAUUCGCCAGCAUCUGCAGGGUUUCUUUGUUGCAAUUUGGAUUGCUGCUGUCAUGUUCAAGUCUAAUGAUAUUAUGAAGAAGCAAACCGCAUUAAAGGGUGAGAGGCAGAUAUCGGCUUUAAUCGGGAUCUCUGUAGCGUUUGCUACCCAUGUGGUUGGUGUUUAUUGGUGGUUUCGCAAGGAUGAUCUAUUGUAUCCCUUAAUCAUGUUCCCUCCCAAGUCCAUUCCUCCUUUCUGGCAUGCCAUUUUCAUCAUUGUGGUCAAUGAUACACUUGUACGGCAGGCCUCAAUGAUACUCAAGUGUUUUCUCUUGAUGUACUACAAGAACAGUAGGGGUCGAAAUUAUCGUAAACAGGGUCAAUUGCUAACUUUGGUUGAAUAUUUGAUGCUUCUGUACCGCUCAUUGCUGCCUACCCCUGUAUGGUACCGUUUCUUCUUGAACAAGGAUUAUGGAAGCCUCUUCUCCUCUCUUAUGACAGGACUCUAUCUGACUUUCAAGCUCACUUCCGUAGUUGAGAAAGUUCAAUCUUUCUUUACCGCAUUAAAAUCUUUGUCACGCAAAGAGGUGCAUUAUGGAUCAUAUGCAACCACAGAGCAGGUGAAUGCUGCAGGGGACCUGUGUGCCAUCUGCCAGGAGAAGAUGCACACACCAAUUCUUCUUCGCUGCAAGCACAUGUUUUGCGAAGAUUGUGUUUCAGAGUGGUUUGAGAGAGAGAGGACUUGUCCUCUGUGCAGAGCCUUGGUCAAGCCAGCAGAUCUGAAAUCGUUUGGUGAUGGAUCCACCAGCCUUUUCUUCCAGAUAUUCUGAUUAACAUGCAUACAAAGCACAACGUAUAAAUAGAUCAUCACAAGCCCCUUGGGUAGAGAGUAUUGCCGUUUAAGCUGUGCACGAAAGACACCACUACUGAUGAUGAUGUCUUGAAGAUGUUUAUACAAUCUCAUUUGUUAAUAUGAAAAUCGCCUUUUAUA